AUGUAUCGACUAAUAACUUUGAUUUUGGUUGCAGGCUUUUUUGUCUUAAAUAAUUAUUGUGCAGAUAAUCGUAUUUUAUUUGAUAACAGAUCAGUGCAUGGCCAUUCUUUGUUGGAGUUGGAACAAAUUGAUGGUGAGAAUGGUUCUGAAACAUACAAAUACAAAGAUGUCGGUUUUAAUGAUGAUGUCAUACUCUCGAAACAGUCGUUUAAUAAUGGUUUUACUUUAUUAAACAUAAAACAGCCAUUUGAAAGUAAAUAUUCUGAUUUUAGAGUGGUUAUCAAUGGUGGUAGUUCUUCUGAUCCAUCUGAUUUACCAGGUAUCAGAUACUUUGCUUUAUUAUUAUUUAGUAAACAAGUGAAUCGUUGUAUGAAUAAGAUAUUUAAAGAUGAACUUAUUGCAAAUUUCAAGAUCGAGAUAAAUGCAGCUAUUUCUAACUUGAAGUUUACCUUUUUGAGCAAUCAAACAAGUAAAUUCUUUAGCUGUUUCCUCAAUGCUAUCAGCAACAAAAUGUACUUGGAAAAUAAAUCAUAUUAUUUUGAGAUUUUGCAAGCAUCAGAUGAAUUCGAUUCAGUAAUUAGUGAUCCAAAUUCCAUUGAAGUAGACAAGCUAGCUAUUCGGAUGAUUUACAGUACUGAAUCUUCACUUGGAUGUACCUCUUUGCAGUUUUUAAAUCUUUUCUCAAAGACCUGUUACAAGAAUUCUAUUAAUUUAGAUACUGAAUUACCAAAGUACUCACACAAGCUUAUUUCUGAGAUGUUUAAGCCUCAUAUGUUAUCUGCAAUAUUCAUUGGUAACUUGACCACAUCACGCCUCACAAAGUUGCUCUCUGGAUUGACUAGGGGAAAACUUAGGAACCAAGUUCAAAACGAUUUUUCUAAAAUAAACAGAGCUAACAAAGCAAUUAACAAUUCUGGAAGUAAUGUUAUUAUAAGAAGAGGCUUCUCAAAUGACAAAUUGAGAAUUCAUAUUCCAUUCAAUACUGAUGACUUGAAAUCACUAGAAUCAAAUUCACAUAUAUUCGUAAUUAAUAUUCUCGAUUCAAGGCAUAACAGUGGUAUCUUUAACUUUAUUUUCAUGAAUAAAUUUGCUAGUCAUUCAAGAAUCGGUUACUAUAUUGAAUACAGUACUAUAGUAUUGUACUUUGAACUUUCUUUAACCAGAAAAGGGUUGGAAAAUAUCCCAGUUAUUAUUGAUUCAAUUGUUUCCUACUUCAAUUUACUGAAGAACAGUGUAAUUAGCGACAGAGCUUAUUCUGAAGUUCAACAAUUAUUUGAUCUUCACCUUUCCACUUCAACAAUAUUUUUAGCAGAAUCUAUGGUGCACUACUUGAGUUCACAUUUCAUUAUGUCAAAGUCUUCAACUAAUAUUCUUAGUUCGAACAUAAACACUCAAUUUGUUCGUUCCGACGUUGAGUAUUUCCUUUCAAAGAUGAGUUUGGACUCUCUCAAAGUGUCUCUUUAUAUUUCUAGCCAUUUCGAUAUUAAAAAAGUUUUUUCAAAUAACUUUAGGAAUCGAGAAAUGCUUUCAAAAGCUAUUGUUGAGCCUCAUACAAAUAUUUUACUAUUGGUAUUCGAAACGGAUGACAUUUUACCUAAUAAACUAUCUUCUUUAAGUCCAUCAUAUGCAUUGGAUACAUAUGGGUUACAACUACCAAAUGACGAAUUGAUAAGCACUAUCAAUUUACCAUCUUUCUAUUCAAUGCCUAUUUUUGAAAAGAUAGUUCCAUUGCACAAGUCAUUGGAUAUUCACUAUAAUUACCUUAAGAAAACUAAUAGAAUGACUACUAUAUCUCGAACAAUGUCAUUCAAAUCAAUCACCACUUCUCAGAUUUGGUUCUCUAAUAACGAGAUAUAUGGGAAAAAUGUUAAACUAAAUCUAAAAUUCAGUUUACGUGAAUGGAGUCCAUUGAUGAAUAAGUUUUAUGGCAAAGUAAAUGUUUAUUCAAUUCUGUCUGCAAUCCAUACUUUUACUACAAUUCUCAACAUUAAGUUGUAUGAAAGCUUGUCUUAUAUUUAUAGACUAACGGGAACAAUUGUAGAGCUUAUUCCAUCCCAAUCAUAUAACGAGGCGGUUUCUGAUCCAUUUGAAUUUUACUUAAUUGUAAAUUCACCAAUCAACUAUUUUUCUUUGAUUAUGAGUGAGACUUCAAGGUUACUUUUAUCUUUUGAUACUUUCUUAUCUGAUAAAGGCCUCCUUGCUAAAGCAGUAAUACUUGCCAAACAGUCUCUCCUCGAAUUUUACAAAAGUUACAGCCAAAUUGAGAAGGAUACUAAGGUUAUUGCUCAGAUAGUUUCUUCCCAACAUUGCUCAUUUGGAAGUCUGAGAAGAUAUUUUGAGCAAAGUAGUAAUGUAGAGUUCAUCAAGGCAGUAUACGAUUCCUUACUAUUAUCUCCAACUAUUUAUGGUUUCAUCGAAGGCAACCUUACCCCUUUCCAUGCUAACCAUAUUUUGAAUGUAUUUAUAGAAGGACUUAAUCAUAAAUUCUUCCAUAUGGAAAUUAACGAGGAAAACACACAAGAGUUUCUUAAACAAGUAUCUUAUCCGAGGAGUAGAAAUUACUUAGAUUUAAUGGGAAAAUCUCCAGAAGUUGACAUUGGAACAUUUGUCUUGGAUGUUUCCACUAUUCCAAACGAAUACAAAAAAUUGUUUGUUCAAAAGCUAGAUGUCACUGCUUCUUCAUCUUACUCCACAGCUGCAAUUCUAAUUGGUCAAUUAAAUGUAGAGAAUUACAUCAAGGGAUCUAUUAUCAAUGAAGCUUUGAAAUACGAGGCUUUGAAUAAGUUUUCGUCAAAAAAUACCUCAACCAAAGAAAUUGACUUCCACUCCAGUAUAACAUUAGUUGCAAAUAGGUUCAUUGCGGUAUUGUUGUCUAUGGGAAGUGUCAAACUUUCAGCUGGGACUCUAACUCAAGCUAUACACAAAAGUUUAACUGAAUCCAUCUCUAAGAUCAUGAAAAACUGCAAAUCUAAAAGUUAUCAUAAGAAAGUUUUAGAGAAGAUCAAUCUCAGUGACCCUCUUUCUAACAAAAAAUUCUUUUUGUCUAAAUCCAAUUUAGUAAAACUUGUGGAUGAGUCCAAAGAAUAUUUUGAUAGCCUUAAUCAUACCAGUAUCUCCAAUUUGUUAAAUGAGACCGGAAAUUUACCGAAUGUAAUAAUUACUACCCAGAAAGUGUCUAAUAUAAAGGCCUCUAUUUCUUCAUUAGAUUUCAUACCAGAGGGUUACAAUGAUAUUAGUGAUAACUAUAAAAGUCUUUUGGACAAUCAAAUAGCAGAAUUUAGAUAUGAUUAG